CCGUGCAAACCUACUCCCUUCCGGCUCCGAGAAACCAGUAAACCACCACGACACCACCGCAGGGCGUCGGCCGCCCAGCAAUGGCGGCGGCGGCAAGCGUGAUGCCUCCACACGCAGACCCACCACCACUAGCCGCGGCGCGUAGCCCCACAGCUCCCACCUCCGCCGCCCAACGCCGACGAGACGCCCCCACCCCGUCCCUGCACGCGCUCUUCCUCCGCGCCGUGGACCCUUCCCGGCCCUCGUCAUGGUCCGCCGCCGUCGCGGACCUCCUCUCCGCCGGCGACCCCGCCGCCGCGCUGGCCGCCUUCGCCGCCGCCCUCCGCGCCAACCCCGCAGCGCUCCGCCUGGCCCUGCCCCCGGCCCUCCGCGCCGCCGCCGCCGCCACCUCCCUCGCCGCCGGCCGCCAGCUCCACCUCCUCGCGCUCCGCUCGGGCCUCUUCCCCUCUGACGCGUACUCCGCCUCCGCCCUCCUCCACAUGUACCACCAUUGCGCCCGCCCGCUCGACGCCCGCAGGGCGUUCGACGAAAUCCCCGCCCCCAACCCCGUCAUCGUCACCGCCAUGGCAUCCGGCUGCGUGCGCAACAACCUCGUGUACCCCGCCCUCGCCAUCUUCCGCUCCAUGGUUGCCUCUGAUUCCGCCGGGGUGGUCGACGAGGCAGCCGCGCUGGUGGCGCUCUCUGCGUCUGCGCGCGUCCCUGACCGUGGCGUUACUGGUGGCAUUCACGCUCUGGUUGCGAAGGUUGGCUUGGACGGGAAUUCUGGUGUGGCUAACACGAUGCUAGACGCCUAUGCAAAAGGAGGUGGUCGUGACCUGGGAGCUGCGAGGAAGCUCUUUGAUAUGAUGGAGAGGGAUGUGGUGUCCUGGAACACGAUGAUCGCGCUGUACGCACAGAAUGGACUGUCGGCAGAGGCGCUCGGGUUGUAUAGUAAGAUGCUGAAUGUUGGUGGUGGCAUUAGAUGCAAUGCCGUGACUUUGUCAGCCGUGCUGCUGGCUUGUGCGCAUGCUGGGGCAAUACAGACCGGAAAGCGCAUUCAUAAUCAGGUGGUAAGAUUGGGUUUGGAGGAGAAUGUCUAUGUUGGAACUUCUGUGGUUGAUAUGUACAGCAAGUGUGGGAGAGUUGAAAUGGCAAGGAAGGCCUUCCGCAGAAUCAAGGAAAAGAAUAUCCUUUCAUGGUCUGCCAUGAUUGCUGGCUAUGGUAUGCAUGGUCAUGGGCAAGAGGCCCUUGAGGUUUUCAAUGAGAUGAGGAGGUCGGGGUUAAAGCCUAACUACAUAACCUUUAUCUCGGUUUUAGCUGCUUGUAGUCAUACUGGCCUUUUGAAUGAGGGCCGUCAUUGGUACAAUGCCAUGAGAAAAGAAUUUGGAAUUGAACCUGGCAUAGAACAUUAUGGAUGCAUGGUGGAUCUACUUGGUCGUGCCGGAUGUCUUGAUGAAGCUCAUGGACUUAUUAAAGAAAUGAAGGUCAAACCUGAUGCUGCUAUGUGGGGAGCUCUACUUAGUGCAUGCCGAAUCCAUAAAAAUGUUGAGCUGGCAGAAAUUGCUGCGAAUAGAUUGUUUGAGUUGGAUGCAACUAACUCUGGGUACUAUGUUCUCUUGUCCAAUAUAUAUGCAGAAGCGGGAAUGUGGAAAGAUGUGGAAAGAAUGAGAAUUCUGGUUAAAACAAGAGGGGUAGAAAAGCCUCCAGGGUAUAGCUCAGUUGAGUUGAAAGGUAAAACCCAUUUGUUUUACGUUGGAGACAAGAGACACCCACAGCACAAGGAAAUCUAUGCUUAUUUGGAUAAACUACUUGAGAGAAUGCAAGAAGCAGGCUAUGCACCAAACACAGGUUCUGUUCUCCAUGAUUUGGAUGAAGAAGAAAAAGAAUCCAUGUUGCGCAUCCAUAGUGAAAAGCUUGCUGUUGCUUUUGCGCUAAUGAACUCUGUACAAGGAUCAGUAAUCCAUGUCAUAAAGAAUCUCCGGGUCUGCACUGAUUGCCAUACAGCAAUAAAGAUUAUUACAAAGCUUACUGGACGAGAGAUUGUUGUUCGAGAUAUAAAGCGGUUUCAUCAUUUCAAGGAUGGAUUGUGCACAUGUGGGGAUUAUUGGUGACGUAAUGCAAUGAGGCUUAGGUUGUGAUGCCAUAUUGGUACUCACCAAAAUAUCAGAUAUUGAGAUCGCUCUUUAUGACACUCGUAGUGCAUUUGUCCAAGAUGCAAGGCCCAAUAUAUCAGUGAUACAGUUUGUAACUUUUCAUCAUGAUUAAGCUGAAAUGGCCUGAACCACAUAGCUGGAUGCGGCAGUGGCAACUUAUCUGUGUUGAAGAUGAAGGGCAGCAAAUUUUUGGGCACUUUCAGUAGUCCUGAGUAAUAAACUUGCAGCUUCAUGUGCAGGACAUGAUUUUCAUUACUAUAUGAACUAUGAAGGUUGAAGGGCUUGUAUCAUAAUGGCUCAGCCUUGACCAUUCAUAGAUACCAGGAGUAUGAAGUCAUUUUGGAGCACAUGAAUUUCUUUUAUAAGGAUUGGUUUUAGUAUUUACAUGUGAUGAGAAACACUCCUGGAAACUUCAGAAGCUUGAAUUUGUCCACCCAAGAAUUGUACCUCAAAUAGGAAAAUGGAGGGAUGAUCAUUUCUUAAUUUCAACAAUGUUCAGUAAUACUAUACAAGAUGACAGGGGCAUGCACAUAAGGUGAACAGAUCCGCUGGAUGACACAUACAUGGAGGGCACAAAUCUGUUGUGUUUCCUGAUUUCCUCCCAUUUACCAGAUCAGCAGUUGGCCCUGCCGUUCCUCAGCUUCCUCGAAUUGGUGAUGAUAUCUGAUCUGAGAGAAGUAAUACAGCAAAGAAGACAAGGGAUAUAGCACAAAUUGAGGAAGCAAGAGUGAGAAGCAGCCACAGGUUGCUGUGAUUAGGGUGCUGAUGCUUCUCUGGGUAUCUGUUGCUGCUGGCAAUAACUGAAUACCAGUUGUAGCCUUUAGGUUCCACUCCAGGACAAUCUGAAGUCUGAAGCAUAUUCUGCAACUGCUCUCUGUAAUGAUUGAGUUCCCCUGCUGCUCAUGCUUCUGCUACAUCAAGAUGAAGAAGAAGAGCAAACCGAAGGAAGAGCAAAAGCAGGCUUGAUGUGCGCUGCUACAUCCAAGAUCCAUUUCACUUCAGGAUAGGAAGAG